AUGCCUGCCCCCCUCCCCGCCCCUCGCCUCGCCCUCGUCGUCCUCACUUUCGCCGCCGCGUUCGCGUGUUACAUCGACCGCGUCGGCUUCCCGAUCGUGUACACCGCCAUCGCGCGCGACGCUUGGAUUCCGAAGACGAUUCAAGGCUCGGUGCACUCGGCAUUUUACAAUGGAUACACCGCCACGCAAGUCCCAGGAGGCGCGCUGGCGACGCGAAUCGGCGGACAAAAGGUCAUCGUGUGGGCGUUCGCGCUGUGGGGACUGAUGAGCGCGCUCACGCCGAGCGAUGGAAGCCGAACGAGGGCGAUUUGGUGGUGCCGCGUCGGCGUCGGCGGCGCGAUGGGGACGGUGUUCCCGUCGAUGCACUCGAUGCUGGCGCAAGCGAUCCCGACGCAGGAAAGAAAUCGAGCGGUGAGUUUUAUGACGAGUGGGAUGUAUUUUGGCAGCGCGUUCGCGAUGGUGGCGGUGCCGGUGGCGAUGCGAUUGGGCGGCGCGGCGUUCGCGACGACGGCGACGGGGUGUUGCGCGUUCGCGUGGUUGCUCGCGUGGAACGCGGACACGACGGUGUUACCCGGGGCGAUGGGGGCUAGGAAACCGCGCGGUACGCCGUGGGGGGGGUUGUUGACGUCGCCCGCGGUGCUGGUAAUCAUGUUGAACAACUUUACGUUUCAUUACGCAUUCUUCAUUUUGAUGUCGUGGAUGCCGACGUUUUACGAGCAAAAGUUAGGACUCGACGCCGGGUCGUAUACGUGGCUGAAGAUGAUACCGUACUUGGUCAUGGGGACGUGUUCGAACGUCGGCGGGAUCGUGGCGGACAAGAUGAUGUCGUCCAAGGCGUAUUCGCCGACGUACGUGCGUAAAUUAUUGAACACUAUCGGAUUCGUCCUCGCGGCGUUGGCGCUAUGGUCGUUGCCGCUGUGUACGAGCGUCGGCUCCGCCGCGUUCGUGAGCUCUAUCGCUUUAGGCGCGCUCGCCGUCGCGCGCGGCGGUUACGCGGUGAACCACAUGGACGUCGCCCCUCGACUGGCCGGCGUGCUCAUGGGUAUGAGCAACGGUUGCGGCGCUAUGGCGGGCAUGAUCGGUCCUUGGUUCACGGGUUUAGUUUUAGACACCGCUCGCGAUCCUUGGGUCGCCGCGUUCAACAUGCCCGGAUAUUUGUGCGUCGGCGGCGCUGCGGCGUACUUGAGAUACGCCACGGCGGAGCAACUCUUCGAUUAG